AGUCUGUGUGUUACUCUAAUUUGUACCUUCGUUUAAAUAGUGAAUAUUAUCACUAAAAUCGUUUAUAAGCUUCUUAAACGUAUUGGGACUAUGGAUUCAGCCGAAAUAGAAUUUUUUGCAGAAAAUGAAGAAGUAACUAUAGUUCCUAACUUUUCAAAAGACAAAUUAUUCUUAAUAAGGGGUGACGUUGGCCCUUUUAAUGCAUCGAUGCCUGUUACAGUACCGGUUUGGUUGGCGGUAAGUUUAAGACAACAGCAAAGAUGUCGAAUUAUUCCACCACCCUGGAUGGAUGUUGAAAAGCUGACUGAAAAGAAAGAGGAGGAAACAUCAACUGAUAUAUUUACUCAAAUGCCUUGCGAAUAUUAUAUGGAAGUUGCUCAGUUAUUAUUAAACUGUGCAUCAGACGAUAUUCCAUACGCUCACAAGAUAAGAACUCUUAUUAAAGACAUUUGGGAUGCUAGAAUGUCUAAAUUACGAAGUUCUAUACAAACAUUUUUAACAAGUGACGCUACACACGCUAAGGUUGAACGCAUUACAAUAUAG